AUGUCCAAAGAACUGGCGAAUUGCAUGAGGGAUAAAUACAACCACGAUUACGCCAGAAUUCUGUACGAUGCGAUUGCCAAUGAAAGCAUUUCUGAUCCGGUGAGUUUAAGGCUGUUUUUGUAUAGAUAUAUCAACACUCUAUUACAUUACAUGUGAAAUAGCCUGGAUCUAUCUUGUCUUUUGUGUGCUGUAUGUAAAUCAGUCUUUACUGACUGUAGAGAUAUAUCAACACUCUAUUACAUUACAUGUGAAAUAGUCUGGAUCUAUCUUGUCUUUUGUGUGCUGUAUGUAAAUCAGUCUUUACUGACUGUAGAGAUAUAUCAACACACUUUUACAUUACAUGUGAAAUAGUCUGGAUCUAUCUUGUCUUUUGUGUGCUGUAUGUAAAUCAGUCUUUACUGACUGUAGAGAUAUAUAUCAACACACUUUUACAUUACAUGUGAAAUAGUCUGGAUCUAUCUUGUCUUUUGUGUGCUGUAUGUAAAUCAGUCUUUACUGACUGUAGAGAUAUAUCAACACACUUUUACAUUACAUGUGAAAUAAUCUGGAUCUAUCCUGUCUUUUGUGUGAUGUAUGUAAAUCAGUCUUUACCGAUUGUAGAGAUAUUAGCCUGCGUGCAGCCUGACUUGUCCCCAGUUGAAGUCAGGCUGCACGCAGGCUAAGAGAUAUACACUCUAUUACAAUAGUCUGAAUUUAGAAUUAAUAUAGAGCUAACCAAAUUUUAAGAUGGUUUUAAAUAGAAAUUCUUCCUUUGCUUUCAUUUAGACUCAAACUACAUCUGGUAGUCAAAUAUCUGGAAUCUUUGACCCAAGUGGAGAGUUGUUUCGUUAUAUACUGAUCUUCUCAACUGUGGGAGCAUGCCUUAUGUUCAUCGCUGGCCUCGGUUGGGAUUUUGUCCGCCGAGGAAAGAAGAUAGGUUAGAUUAACAUUCGUGUAUAUAUCGUAACUAACUUUAUUUAUACUGGAUAACUCUAUCAGUUCUAAACUGUUCUCCCUAGAUGUCCAGUAAGGAUCAUCUCUUAUUGAUCCAGUGUUACUACAGGAGGAAACCUAAACUAAACUAAAUUUAUUUGUACUGGAUAGCUCAAUCAGUUCUAAACUGUUCUCCCUAGAGGUCGCGUAAGGAUCAUUUCUUAUUGAUCAAGUGUUAAUACAGGAGGAAAUCUAAAUUAAACUAACUUUAUUAAGAUUUAUACUGGAUAGCUGUAUCAGUUCUAAACUGUUCUCCCUAGUGGUCCAGUAAGGGUCAUCUCUUAUUGAUCCAUGCAUUACAGGAGGAAAGCUGAGCUAAACUGAAUAGCUUUAUCAGUUCUUAUGUAAGGAUCAUCUCUUAUUGAUCCAGUAUUACUACAGGAGGAAACCUGAACUAAACUAACUUUAUUUAUACUAGAGGUCCAGUAAGGAUCAUCUCUUAUUGAUCCAGUGUUACUACGGGAGGAAACCUAAAUUAAACGAAUAUUAUUUAUACUGGAUAUAGUUCUAUUAAUUCUAAAUUGUUCUUUUUGGAGAUCCAGUAAUAACUUAUUAUUAACCGAGCGCAAUCGUCUUGCUGAGAAAUAUCGGAAUCUAGGUCAUUUUUGUACAGACCGAGCAAGCGAGGUUAAUAAAAAGUUUAUUAUAUGACAUUUAUAGGCAUUUAUACUUGAAACAAACAAGAAAUGCAUAAUUUGAAAUGCAUAUUAGUAGCGUGGUACACAUUUGGUCGAACAAAACAAAAAUUACCAAUGUAUUUUUUCCCUUGCACUAAAAACCAUUCGCAGAUAUCUUGUUAAUAACAAAUUAAACUAUAAUUUUCAAAUUUUCAAAUAGUUUUGCUGUUUUAUUUUAAAAUGCAUGCGUUUGUUUUUACGUAAUGGACCGACCGAUUACGGGAAAAUAAUCGACUUCUGAAAGUGCUUCUCAGCCAAUCACAGUCUACCAUUUACCGGAAGUGAUGCUUGCCAUAUCGUAAGUGCCUCUUGUCAAGUGUUACUACAAGAGGAAACCUUAACUAAAGUAAUUUUCUGCUCUGAAAUCAAUUCAUCCUAGAGGUCCAGCAAGAAUCUUUUCUCCUUGAUUCAGUGUUACUACAGGAAGGAACCUGAACUUAACUAACUUUAUUUAUACUGGAUAGCUAUAUCAGUUAAAUUGAUCCAGUAUUACUACAGGAGAAAACCUGUACUCUAUCAGAAUCAAUCUCCUCUGAUAUGAUUUAGUAAUUUUUCAAAUUUCUCUUACAGCAUGUAAGUCUGAGAAAAAGUUGGGCAGUGUCGAGGAGCAGCUAGUGUCUGAACUGCACACCGUAUUCAUGAAUUGGAAGGAACGAAGAGCGACAGAGUCUUUUGAUCUUCAAUUGGAAAGCAAAGCAUAA